AUGGCCACCAUCCGCUUCCUACAGUGCAAUAUCAACCACUGCGCCCGGGCGCAGGACCUGCUGGCCCAAACCAUGGCGCAGUGGUUGAUAAAUGUAGCGGUGGUUGCCGACCCGUACGUCAUCCCUUCCCGGGAUGACUGGGCGGGUGAUGUCGGCAACCUGGUGGCCAUCUCCGUUCCGGCCCGCGACGGCUCCCCCCCUCUCCGAAAGGUGGCGAGAGGGACGGGAAGCGUGCUCGUUGUCGUCGGGGGAGUUGCCAUAGUGGGGGUGUACUUCCCCCCCAGUUGGCCCCUCGCCGACUUCGAGCGCGCUCUCGCAGAGGUGCAGGCGCUCACUGCACGAGUCUCUCACCUCCCCGUGAUCGUCGCGGGGGACUUCAACGCCAAAUCAACGGCGUCGGGAUCCCCCGCGACGAGCCCGAGGGGGGAAGAGUUGGAGGACUGGGCGGCCGCGUCAGGAUUGAUGCUCCUCAACCGAGGAAGGGAGCUCACCUGC